GCGCCACAGUCGCUCGACGCCGACACCGUUAUUUGCGCCGACGACGCCUGCACUGCAACCUGCAACACGGUCCUGCGCAUUUAACAACAAUAUUAACCAUUGUGACGACAUCGUCCUGGCAUUUAUGUGAAAAACAAUUAAGAUUGUUACCAGUUCGGUGAGGGUGCACGUGCCACAGUCGUUUCUGCUUCUGAUAGAUUAUCAGAAACAGUUUACAGAGUAGCAGAUCUGAGAGCCGUGGUGGUUAGUAAGAAUUGUGGAGUGAACGAAGCGAGCAGCGGAACGAGCGACGACGAGAGCGGAGCCAGCGGAGCGAGCGUCGUGAUCGGCUACCGGAGCGGAGAGCGGAGCGGAGCGGAGAGCGGAGCGGGGCGGAACAGAUACAGAAGUGAUUUCAGUCGCCACCACGGCACCUACGUCUGCUACUCACCAAUUAACUUGGCAGGACUCUUUAUUCAGAUGCGAGCCCGUUGCCGACGCUGCUAAAGCGAUGCCCGCUGAGGAGGAACCCGCGGCCAUGGAGAGCCGCGACGUCGACGGCGAGCCGCAGCAGUUCUGUCUCCGGUGGAACAACUACCAGAGCAACCUCACCAACUGUUUCGAUCAACUUCUCCGGACCCAGUCCUUCGUCGAUGUGACCCUUUCCUGCGAGGGCCAGAGUCUCAAGGCGCACAAAGUGGUCCUGUCGGCGUGCAGCCCCUACUUCCAAUCCCUGUUAAUGGACAACCCGUGCAACCAUCCGAUUAUAAUAAUGCGCGACAUCAAGUUCAGCGAUCUCAAGUCGCUGGUGGACUUUAUGUACCGCGGCGAGAUAAACGUGGCCCAGGACCAGAUCCAGGCGUUGUUGAACGUGGCGGGGAUCCUGAAGGUGCGCGGGCUGGCGGACGUGAGCGCGGACCACGCGGUGCUGCGGCCGCCGAAGAGGCCGCCGAGCGGCGGCGAGCGCGGGCAGUCGCCGGCCAAGGCGCGACGGCGCGGCUCCAGCGAGCACAGCCCUCGGCGCUCGCCCGCCACGCCGGGCCCGGCGCCCGGGCCCGAGCGCGACGGGCCCGACCGGGAGCACGCGGGGCCCGCGCUGCCGCUGCACGCCGACGACGUCGACAUUCGCCCCGGCAUCGCCGAGAUGAUACGCGAGGAGGAGAGGCGCGCGGAGAGCCGUGGGGAGAGCAUUGUCGCCAGUGGCACUAUCCAGGCAAAAUUGCUGGAGAACUCACACGCAUGGCUCGGUGCGUCUACUUCUUCAAUCGCAGCAGACAGCUACCAAUACCAGCUGCAGUCCAUGUGGCAGAAGUGUUGGAACACCAAUCAGAGUCUGGUGCACAACCUGCGCUUCAGGGAGCGCGGGCCACUGAAGUCCUGGCGACCCGAGACCAUGGCCGAGGCCAUCUUCUCCGUGUUGAAGGAGGGCCUGUCUCUCUCCCAAGCCGCGCGAAAGUAUGACAUACCGUACCCGACCUUCGUGCUGUAUGCCAAUCGGGUUCAUAAUAUGCUGGGUCCGAGCGCUGAUGGUGGAGCAGACCUCAGGCCCAAAGGGCGCGGGCGACCGCAGCGCAUCCUGCUGGGCGUGUGGCCCGACGAGCACAUCCGCGGCGUCAUCCGCGCCGUCGUCUUCCGCGACACUCACGCGCCUCACCCCACUCACCACAUCAAGGAAGAAGUCCUCCCCGUAUACCCGUCCAUCACGGACGGGAUGACCGUGCAGAACGCGUACGGCAACGUCGCAUGCGGCAACGGUCGCGAGGGCGGCGUGUCCCCGAACGCGGCGGCGGCGGCGGCCGUGGCGGCUGUGGCGCACGGGCUGCGGAGACAGAUGUGCAAUAUGGUGGUGGCCGCGCAGAGGCCGCCCGACCACCCGCCGCAUCUGGGCCUGCCGCCGCUGCCGCUGCAGUCGCCACGCCUGCCCUCGCCGCUGUCCGCCGGCCUGGAGUCCCCGCUGUGCUCUCCCCCGCCCCCCGGCCAUGCCCUGGAGCCGCCGAAGCCGGCUGAUCCGUUCCGCCCGUUCGCGUCCCCGCGGCCCGACAGCCGCUUCUCGGAGCGCGACGUGGUGACCGACACGAGCGACAUGGGGCCGCCGAAGACCCCCGUGGCUAAGAACGGCAAGGACAUGCCCGCCGGCACCCCGCCCCUGGUGGAGGCCCGCGCGGAGCACAUGUGAAGCGAGGCCGCGGGCGCGUCCGUGGCGCCGGGCCUAGUUGCGCCCGCGCCGCCGCUGCCCGCCUACCCCUACUUCGUCCCGAGCCGGAACUCCGUCGGCUACUUCUAGGUGCCGCCGCGCACGCAGAUGUAUACGACCGUUAACAUUCCAAGGCCACUGCACACGAAGGGACGCGGGAAGGGUCGACUGCAUGGUGUUUAACAUUUUUUUUAAAUAUUCAAUUUUUAAUUCAAUUAUGUAUGUUACUAUUAUUUAACAUGGACUCGCUGUGCAAUAAAAUGCUUUGUUGUUUAAUUAUGAAUUUUGUAUAAUGAAAGAAUAUUUUAAUUUAAUUAUUAUUAUUUGUAUACAUUAUUGUUUAUGCAUGUGUUCCAGUGAAAUAUUUUAGUAUAUUUUGUUAAUAUUAUAUCAAGGUAGGUGACGCGGGUGCGCCCGCAGUAUGUAGACUUUCAAACAUUACUCUAAGCUUAACUAAUUAAACGUUACAUUUUAGAGCCAUCUGUGAACGUAGGGAGAUCAAAAUUUUAUAUUUGGCCCGAUUUCAAAAGACUGUCUGGUAUACCAAUUCAUUAUAUUUCACAACAUAUUCAUGUAAGACAGAAUUAUAAAUUAGUGUGUAGUAUUUAAAUAGUUCCCGCAUUGGGUCAGAUCAGUCGAUGUCACUUCUCUCUAGAUAUUGUGAUGUGGUUGAUGCUUGCCCUGCACGACCACUGUUCACCGUUCGUGCAGCGAUUCACGUACAUGUAGACAUAGUGGUCGCCAAAUGUAAUAUAGAUUGUAUCAUUAGCCCGUAGUGAUUGUUCCAAAUGUUAGGUUAAAUUAGAUGUUCGGGCCCUCGACCUCAGCCUUCUCUGUCACUCUCCGUGUGCGCGCCAUCUACCGGAAUCCUACGUGAGUUACGCGUACUGAUAUCGAGUAUUAGCAGCACCUGAUAGCACUUUGUGUCUAGUUAACCCUAUCCUUUCACGACUAAGCGUCGAAGAGAACAUAUAUAAACAACAUCCAAUCAUAGUGGGAUGAAUUUCAAUUCAAUUUCCACCCGUUUCAAGAAGGCCGGGGGUCCUUAAUAGGUUUAGUAGCACUAAAAUCGCCAGCGUUGAAUGUUUGUCAUUCGAAAGUCUGCUAAUCUACCUACGCGUAGCUAGAUUAUACAUUUCAAUUUAGAUUAGCUAUGUAACUUUGUAGCAAGUGACUUUCCUGGCGGCCGCUGGCGUUGGUCUGUGUAACGGAACGAAUCUCCAAGUGAGCUUUACCAAAGAUAUUUUUGAUGGCACGACUUAAAUACCUAAAUACUGAUACAGAAAACUGAUCGGAAAAGAUUCUGUAUUAUCUAAAAUGUUGACUAAGAUUAAUAUUUUUUUGUAGAGAACUUCGAGCUUAACUUUUUAAUCCAAUUGAUUAAUGACUGCACUUUUUAACAGUUCUCUUUUUAACGUUUCACUUUUUAUUUCGAACUCAAUGGACACAAUGAAAAUUGUAGUACAUUUUCAUUACCUAUAUAUCGAUUUAUUGACAAUAUUGUUGUGACGAGUCGUGCCUAUUGGUUAACGAUAUUGUUCGAGUCCGCCACGACUGGCGCCGGCGGCCUCAAGCCUCGGAACUCUCAUUAAGGUAUGUGUACAAAUUUGUUUUAUUGAUACUUCCCUUUCGUUUCAUAGUUUCGGCGGUAAAAUUACUAGAAUACGGUUCUUCUUGCCGCAGGGGUAUUACCAUUAGAUAUUGUUGGCAUACUCGUUGGCGUAUAUAUAGAGGAGGGCGCCUCGCCUCGCCUCUAGGCACGAGGCACGAGGCGCCCGGGUGCCACGUCGCAUGCGCACGCUCGGGAAAAUUUAAAAUAAGUCUCCAAGUGGCCUUGAUACUUCUCUAUUAUUUGGGAUUUGGAUUAUUCGGUUCAAGUUUGGAAUUAGUGUAUAAAAAAGACCAAAUUAUUAAAAAAAUACAUUUGCAAUUCUGUAACUAGUGUUGAAACUAUUUGGCUAUCCUUUUGGAAAUAAAGUAUAAUCUAGGAAAAUGGUAAAAAUUAAAUGAAAGUUAUAUAAUGGCCUAUACGUUUCGGAUGAAUUGCGUAAUUUUGGUAAAUGUUACUACGCAUAUUUUCUAUUGUAUAAGUCUAGGCUAAUGUGUUCAAAAAGUAAUUUAAAAAUUAAAAUUUUUGAAAAAAGUAGAAAGUGCCUUCCAAAUUUUUGACCACAGUAAGUGUUGGGAUGGGUGCGGCGAUGUUUCGGCUAGCGGCGGGCGGCGGCGGCGACAGUGGGCACUGUCGCCGCCGCAGUCCGCACUGAACGUGCUUAACUAUAAAAGUUAGUAUAAUAAAAAUUCAAAAUUAUUAUAUAAAAUUAAAUACAUAUGACUAUAUAUAGAAAAAAAUAUACAUAAAAUUAUAUAUUCGGCCGGUGUGGUUAUACCCUGUCAGGCAAGCGUUAGCUACUUUUCGGCGUCAAAAUUGAUUGUUCCGUUCCUCGCGACGUUCCAUGCAUUCUCGCGACGUUCCAUGCAAACGCGCAACGUGCCAUGAGUUAGAACCAACUGCGGUUCCGUUUUGUAUCACAUUGUCGAUUUCGUAGUUAUAAUUAAACAAUUAAUUUAUUGUAUUGGAAAAUACAUUUUUCGGAUUACAUAAUUAAGUACCUAUUUUAUUUUCGUGAUAGAAUAUAAGUAAAGCUUCUUAUAGAAUUACUUUAUCGAUACACACGAGGCGGUUUUGGUUGGUAUAUAAUUUUAAUUGUAGACGUUAAUUUAUGAUUUAAAAUAUAGUCACGAACUGGCAGGACUGGCUCUCCUGUUAAGCCGGCAGAUAUUUCUCAAUUUUCUAUUACUUUUUGUGAUAAAUGGAAAUGGUUAUAGAUGUUUAAUCGUAAAGAACAAUAUUAUGUUUCGCAAUGUUCUUUUCAUAGUACCUAUUUACUGUAACUAUAUAUGCAUUAUUUAUUUCGUUUAAUUAUGCCAGAAUGGGCUCAAAGUAUAUACCUACUUACCUAAUUGUAUUUGAUACCUACCCCAUAGCGGAUCGUCUGUCAAGCUACCAAAAAUCUCGAUUUAAAAAGUAUUUAUUGUUCUAUGUAUUUUAUCGAAUAACUGUUUAGUUUUUAAGUACAUAGCAGUCGGUAGGUAUCAAUAAAUGUAAUUUUAAAUAAGUAAUUACCAUCGCUUUGGGCUAACAAUUUAUUAAUUGCAUAUCACACUGUGUUUUUGAAUUUUCGUUACCCCUACGACUUUGACUCGAUUUAUUUUGUCGAUUGUUUUAUUUUUAAAAGAUGCUGGCUGGUUUUGAUGGCAUCUCGAGUCUUUUGUUUUUCAAUUUCGAAUGCCGCAGGGGUAACCUAAACGUCAGUGGUCAAUCAUUAAAUUGUGUUUAGUUUUCAUGUAAUAUAAAUAUUCAUGGAUAUUGUCGUUAUAUCAAUUUAUGUUACUGAAUCAAUUAUAUUGUUGUUAGGGUUAUUUUUCAGUAUGUGUUCCUGGCCGAUCAGUGUUGUUGCAUUAUAUGGCUGUAUGUAGGCUGUAUGCACAAAUUACUACGAUACUUUUAAUGCAAUCAUCCAAGUCUGUUUAGUUUACGCUUGUGUAUCGUAUUCUUAAGUAGUGUUUGUGAAUGCAGGCCAGAUAUUCAUUUAAGUAAGCAAGCGUAAUAGUGUUUAACGUUUUCACUGUCCGAAAUGUUUGGCGGGGAAAGAACUGGAUAAAUGUCAUCACGGCGACAACCAUAUUAUUUUGUCCAACGUUUUCAGACUUAUGUACCAAGUUUUAUACGAUUUUUUAAGUUAAUUCGGUACGUUUGGUACCUAUGUAGUUAGUUCAAGCAAACGGUUCACUUCGAUUCGAAAUCCAAUCAUGUAUAUUUGCAGAAACACUGCAAUAUUUUCGUAUUUACAAUAUGAAGCAUAAAAUUGAGUUUUAAAUAAUUGAAAUGGCCCUGAAGUCACCGUAAAAAAUAGGUUUCUGUGACGUGUUUUAUUUUACCGACUUUGAUUGAGUAGAGUGCUAACGUUAAUUAAAAUUGGCUAUUUUUGGACAGUGAACGCGUCAGUAAUUUAUUCAUAGCAUAAUUUACAUGGACUUAGUGGUACUUGUAUGUUAAAAUUCUUAAAGGAUUUCUCAUCACUACAUCUAUUCGGAAAUGGGGAAUCUAUCCGUUCAGCCACAUUUAGUUAAUAAGUGCAAGCAAUGCAAUACUUGUAACAAUUUCUGGUCGAAAAAACUAAAAUGUUGCUGUGCAUUGUAGCGGUCCACCGCUUUAGUUUGUGAUUUAUUAUUUAUUUUGUGUUUUCCACCAGUAAUUUGUACAUAAUCGAUUAUGUUUUACGAUAGAACUGUGGUUGCGCGAGUGAGAAGAUGCAAGCGGAAAUCUUUAUUCUCUUAUCGUGAGCGAUUUUUUUAAUUUGGAGCGGUAACAGAGUAGUAACUUACUAUACGGCAAGUUGAUUACUAAGUUCAUGAAAAUUACCAUUUCAAUAUUUACCUACGUGGAGUACAAUAUCAUCUAAAUUGGUGUAAUUCUUCAUGUAUCAGUCGCAUGUAGGCAGUAUCCGUAAACAACAGUUGUUUAGACGUCAUUGUAGUAUUCAAGUUCAGUAAUAUUUAAUUUGGUUAAUGUCACAGUGUACCAUUUAUCUGGAUGAAUAUAUACAAAUAGAUAAUAA